UUACAACUUGUCACUAUAAUAUGUGCAGCAGCACUUGUAUCUAUCUAUUUAUACACUCCCCUCCCCAUAGAGAUAACAUUAUUCACUUUUGCUCCUACAUUUCAUCAAUCUCUCUUCAUUUAAACCUGGUGGGAUUUGGUUUGAUUCUGGUGAAAUGGAGAAGAAAAUUGUGCCAAUUUUGAUGAUCAUUAUUUUGGGUGUAUUGAGUUUUUCUGUAGUGAAAGCAGAGGACCCUUAUAAGUAUUAUACCUGGACUGUUACAUAUGGAACUGCUUCUCCUCUUGGUGUUCCUCAGCAGGUAAUCUUAAUCAAUGGACAAUUUCCUGGUCCUACCCUUGAUAUUGUCACUAAUGACAAUAUUAUCCUCAACCUCUUCAAUAAACUUGACCAACCUUUCCUCUUGACAUGGAACGGAAUUAAACAAAGAAAGAAUUCAUGGCAAGAUGGGGUUUUGGGGACAAACUGCCCAAUUCCUCCAAACUCCAACUUUACAUACAAAUUUCAACCCAAAGAUCAAAUUGGAGGCUACACUUACUUCCCAUCAACCGCAAUGCAUAAAGCUGCUGGUGGUUUUGGAGCUAUCAAUGUAUAUGCCCGACCUCGUAUCCCUGUCCCGUAUGCAAUUCCUGCGGCCGAUUUUAAUUUACUUAUUGGUGAUUGGUACAAGGCCAACCAUAAGGGUUUGCAGCAAUAUCUUGAUUCAGGAAGAUCGCUUACUUUUCCGGACGGUAUUCUUGUAAAUGGACAACCAAGAACCACGUUUAGUGGCGAUCAAGGUAAAACAUACAUGUUCAGAAUAUCGAAUGUUGGAUUGUCGACCUCAUUCAACUUUAGGAUUCAGGGACACAAAAUGAAACUAGUUGAGGUUGAAGGGUCGAAUGUGGUUCAAAACAUAUACGAUUCACUCGAUGUGCAUGUUGGUCAAUCGGCUUCUGUCCUGGUUUCAUUGGAUCAACCUGCAAAAGACUAUUACAUCGUUGCAUCUACACGGUUUACAAGAAAAAUCCUUACAUCCGUCUCGGUAUUACACUAUACCAAUUCGCAUACACCAGCCUCCGGCCCACUCCCUGCUGGCCCAACCUACCAUGUUCAUUGGUCAAUGCAACAAGCUAGAACAUUAAGAUGGAACUUGACCUCUAAUGCAGCCAGGCCAAACCCACAAGGCUCAUUCCAUUAUGGAACCAUCAAACCAACAAGGACAAUCGUGUUGACUAACUCGGCAUACCUAAUCAACGGGAAGAAACGGUAUGCUGUUAAUGGCGUUUCGUACAUUAACGCGGACACCCCAUUGAAGCUGGCUGAUUACUUUAACAUCCCUGGUGUUUAUUCCACAAACGCCAUCCAAACCUUCCCAACCAACGGCGGCCCGCUUUUGGCCACAUCAGUUAUGCCAGCCUCACUUCAUGACUUCCUCGAAAUCGUUUUCCAGAACAACGAGAACACCGUGCAGUCAUGGCAUCUCGACGGCUAUGAUUUCUGGCCCGUCGGGUAUGGAUCCGGACGAUGGUCUCAAGCAAGUAGAAAGAGCUACAAUUUGGUUGAUGCUCUUACAAGACACACCGUACAGGUGUAUCCAAACUCGUGGAGUGUGAUUUACGUAUCGUUGGACAACCAAGGUAUGUGGAACCUAAGGUCCGCAAUGUGGGAACGACAGUACCUCGGUCAACAAUUCUACCUUAGAGUUUAUAAUCCCGUUAGAAGUCUUGCAAAUGAAUAUGACAUCCCUUCGAAUGCUCUUCUUUGUGGUAGAGCCGCAGGACGACACUCUUAAACUUUAUUUUCAUUGACUUCUUUGAAGGUCAACGUGAACGUCAACCGAAGCGGACCUUAAAAACUCUAGGCCUUGUUUAACUAUAUAUUUGUAUACCAAAGAAUAGAACCUGUUUACCCAAGCACAAUAAUUAUUCUUUUAUCAUUUUGAUUGUGUACGUUAUAUAUUUUAUGUGGAGACAUAAGUUAUUUGUAUCGACAA